AUUGUCUCAGCAGAGGUUGAAGGACCCCUGGUUCAACAGCAGCGCGAGUGGUUCUGUGCGCACUGCUUUCCCUGAACAACUGAAGAAUGAGUAAAAAGCGAAAAAGGCAAGAUGAUUUUCAGAAAACAAAGCUAAAGGUUGGCAAAAAGAAGCCAAAGGCAGACAAUGCAACCAAUGUCAACUUCAGAUCAAAGUCCAUCCAUCUACCAGAACAGUUGAAGCAUGGGGAAUCAGGGCCGACCACACACAGGCAUCUGGACAUCAAGGAUCUGUUAUCCCAGCUCCACCACUUCAACAGUAAUGUGAAGCAAGGAGCUCUGGUGGGUUUGCGGGAGUUGCUGUCUGCUAACCCUACUAUGGUUGAGCUUCACGCAUCAGUGGUGCUCUCUGAAGUAGCGGCUCUCUUCACAGACAAAGAUGGCUCCGUAAGAGCAGCUGCGGUGCGUCUGCUGCGCUUUGUUGCCCAGUGCAUCCCAUCAGAGCGCGUUGCACCCUUCUUUCCCCUGCUCAGCGCCCACCUCACCUGUGCCAUGACCCACAUCUCAGAAGCCAUCCAGGAGGAAGCUCUCCGGGUCCUGGAUGUGCUGCUGGAACACUAUCCUGGGCUUCUGUCUCAGAGACACACUGUUCUGCUGGGCAAUUUCCUAGAGCUCAUCUCUCAACGGAGGAAGUCUGGAACGGGUCAGGAUAAAUCCGGGAAAGGCAGUUACGCUCUGACAGUCACCACAAAUCGCUCUGUGACGGCACAGCAGUGGAGACUCACUGUGCUGCUCAGGUUGAGCAAUUUUCUGCAGGCAGUUGUUGAGGAGAGACCUUUGGAAGAAGGGGUGAGCAGCAGGAUUGGUCUCGGUAUGUGGGCUGUAGAGAAAGGCUUGGUGACACCUGUAGAUGUGACUUGGGAGGAGCAUGUGAAUGGACAAGGCAAGAUUCAGUUGUUUGAAAAUUCUGGAGCCGGGCCCACCUCACACUCUGCUUAUCGCCUAAGGCCGGACUCAAAGUCAGGGGCUGGAAUGGAUAAGGAACUCUGCUCGGCUGAGACUGUUCAGGGCUUUGCAGCAACCCUGGUGCCGCUCUUGCUGGAGAUCUGGGUGGAGGCAGCAGGUGGAGGUCGUGUGCAGACCGACAGCGGCCACUUGCUGUCCGCAGAGUCCAUGGCUCUUAUGUUCCAGAUCCUCUCCAUACUGCAGUUACUGAGAAGAAUGACCCCACAGAGAGACCAACAGGAUGUGCUGGAUGCCUGGUUCAGAAACUCAUACCUGACAGAUUUUAAACAGCACUUCAUGAAGAACUUCCCUUACGGCCUGCUGGAGGUGGCAAGACACAAGAAGAAAGCUGAUGGAAAGAGGAUCAAGCAGCCAGUUGCAGCAGGAGUGGUUGCAGGGAGCACUGUGGAGCCAUUGGCUGUAAACGUCACAUUGUGUCAAGUUAUGGUCACACUCAGUCUUAGGGGCCAGGAUCAUGUAGCAGCUGAAGAUGCUGACUGGCUUGGACCAAUCAGGGUCUUUAUUAGAGAAACAUUGUCCAAUGGGAGCAAACUGAGCUCAAAGCACCUGGCAGCCUUACUGGAGGUGGUGUGGAGGAUGAUUGUCACUCAGCGCAGCCGUGUGGUGACGGAUGAGCUCCUGCAGGCUGUGUAUGUGCAGUACCAGCAGAGGAAUCUGAGUGUGAAUGUUCGCUCUCUGCUGCUGCGCUUUUUUAGUCAGCUCUACAUUCAAGAGCAUCAAAACCACCCUCAUAUCGCCAGGAGCAGGAUUUUGGCCCGCUGGUUGGCAUCUCUGCCGGUUCAGUUGGUUCAGCUGGGCAGCAGGAAUCCUCAGCUCUCCGCUCAGCUGCUGGAGACGGUUCAGCCCGCGGCCGCGAGGGGCAACAAAGACCUUCUGCAGAGUCUCCAGAAAAAUGCCUGCAGUCUUUAUGAUCCGCAGGAGGGCUGUGUGGUGGUGCUGCCUGUGGAGUCCCAGAAGAGACUGGUUCAGAUUCUGCAUUUCCUGCCAGAGUUUCCAGCCGAGCUGCUAGCGUGUCUCAGUGAGGUCUGCAACACUGGGAGAGUUUCUGCGAGUCUGGCCACCACACUCAUACGCACCGUACACCUGAGGUCUCCUCUUAGCGGCUGCUCCAGCGCCUCGCAGGAUGUCCCGCUGAAGGAUGUCGAUUACCUCAGUUUCUUUUUCACCACAUUAACAGGUUUCUCCUCUGACAUGUUGCGGGCUCUGCAAGACAAAGAUGAAGACGAUCUGUUGGCCGCCUCCACGCUCUCGCCCCUCAGUGUGUACACCACCAGUUUGGAUCAGUUCCUGCAUCACUGGGACGUGGUGGAGGUGGUUUGUCACUGUCUGGACACUCUGGGCUCUCGAGCGCAGUGUUUCGAUGUGAUCCAGAAUGCCAUCAUUAAUAACCUGGCUGGACUCGUGGUGGUGCCAGACUGUGUGUGUGUGGCUCUUCUGAGGUGUGUUCCUCGCUUAUUGGAUGUCAACUUCCUGCCCAGCGACACACUCCUCCACUUCCUGUCUGACUGUUGUCUGAGCAUGCUCAGUCUAUUGCUACAGCUGGAGCAGAGCGCCCGCAAGAGGGAUGCCGUGUGGGAGGCGUGUUUCGCCGCGUUGAGCUCAGUCCCGAGGCUCCUGCGACUCGUCCUGCAGUCUUUCCGUGUGCGUGAUCUGUGUGAGGACGAGCUGCCCGUGUUGGCACAGAUCCUCUCGUUGCUUCUACAACACACUCAGCUACGCAACCACAUGAUGGCCAACGCCAGUUUCCUGCAGCAUAUCAUACAAGACUUAACGCAUUACUAUGGUGGUGAGAGCCGUGAGCAGUGGCUGACUGACCUCCUCUACUGCUACAGUGUGACGCUGUCUACUCAUCGGGCAAACAUGGGCAUAAGGGACAUCUAUUAGCCGCUAUUGUCCAACACAGUCUUCAGAGCUGCAGCCUUUCUUUUCCAGUCCGGUCAUUUUGUACAAAAUGAAAAAAUAAACCUUGUGAUAAUCAAA